AUGACCGCUUCCUCGAAGAAGGAACUCCAAGACAUCAUUCAGUAUCGCAAUGCAUACUUUCUUGCAUUCUCGGCGGGGGUAGUGGGAUUCACCUGCUUUGGUUGGGACGUAAGUUUAAUGGGCGGUAUGCUCGCGUUACCAUCAUUCCAAAGUUAUUUCGGUCUGCUCUCGGAUUCACCCUCUGCACGCGCCAGCUUGAGCGGAAAUAUCGUCUCGGUCCUGCAAGCAGGAGGCUUCUUUGGGGCAUUGUCUUCGACCUACUUUUCAAGUCGAUUUGGGCGGAAGCCUAGCCUGUUAGCUUCCGCAGUCAUAUUUCUCAUUGGAAUCACUAUUCAGUCGACAACUGGAAUUGGAAUGUCCGCACAAGUUGCACUGAAAGUCUUGUACUUCUCUCGUUUCUUCGCUGGCAUUGGAAUUGGUUUGUUAUCAGCUUUAGUGCCAACGUACGUAUCCGAAUGUUCUCCAAGAGCUAUACGCGGUCGAUGCCUUGGCAGCAUCCCACUCGGAAUAGCACUUGGAAAUAUGCUGGCUUUUUGGGUCAAUUACGGCGCUUCUCUCAAUAUCUCACCAGGACAAAUGCAGUGGCGGUUGCCCAUUAUUGUCCAGAUUGUACCUGGAGUACUCUUUUUAUUUUUGAUGUUUUUCCAGCCCGAGUCUCCCCGAUGGCUCGUUGAGCGCGGCCGAUACGAAGAAGCAGCUGCAGUCCUCGCAUAUAUCGCGAGAAGAGAUCAGGAUGAUGAUGCCAUUGUGCUGACUCUCCACGAGAUUCGUGUCGAUCUCGUUGGGAAGCAAAACCUUUCGCUGAUCACCCAAAUUCGUAAAAUGGGAGAAUCGAAAAUCAUAUUUCUGCGCUGCAUCAUUCCUUCCAUCGUUAUCAUAUUUCAGCAGUGGUCCGGCGCAAUCGCUAUCACUUACUACACUCCCCAAAUAUUCGCCAGCCUUGGUUUAUCCAGUACUUCCUCGACACUACUUGAUACCGGCAUCUAUGGUGUCGUGAAAUUCGUCGUCACAUGCUUCACCUUGACCCACAUUAUCGACAGCUGGGGUCGGAAGAGGACCAUGAUCUAUGGUGGCCUAGUGCAGGGACUGAUGAUGCUAUGGAUCGGUGGGUAUGCUGGUGCUCACCCCAACGAGAGCAUUGGGCCAGCGACAUACAUAUCUAUUGUUGCUGUAUAUAUCUAUGCCGUGGCCUUUAGCGUAGGCUGGGGAUUCACCCCCCACGUCUUCAACGCUGAAGUUGCCCCAGGACAUCUCCGUCAACUUGUCUUGUCCCUUGCAUGCGGAACCGACCGGAUUAUGACAUACGCUCUUGCCCAGGUCACGCCCACCAUGCUUGAGCGCAUAUCCUAUGGAACAUAUCUUGUUUUCGGCAUCACUUGUUUAAUAAUGGCGAUGUGGGUCUAUUUCUUCCUACCGGAGACGACUGGAUACGCGCUGGAAGAUAUCAAAUAUCUUUUCGAGAAGGAUCUCAUUAUUCGCUCGCUGGAAGAUGCGCCUGGGGGUCGGAUUUUCAUUGGGACGCGCCGCGCCGCCACUGUGCAUGAGCUGAAAGCUAUCGAUGCACUGUCCACAGAUAGUACUGAGGUUUUGAAGGACCUCAAAUCACAAUCGGACGGAGAGUUAGUGCAGGGAGGUUUACAGAAGUGGGAUGGGGACAUCAUUAUAUGA